AUGCUGCUGGGCCCCUGGCUGCUGGCGGCGGCGGCGGCGGUGGCGGCGGCGGGCGCGGGCUGCCCGGUGCUGUGCAGCUGCCGCGGGCAGGCGGUGGACUGCAGCGGGCAGCGCCUCUUCUCCGUGCCUCCCGAGCUGCCGCUGGACACCGGCAACCUGAGCCUGGCCCACAACCGCAUCGCCAGCAUCCCGCCGGGCUACCUGGGCUGCUACGGGCAGCUGCGCGCCCUCGACCUGCGCAACAACUCGCUGGCGGCGCUGCCGGCCGGGCUGUUCCGCGGCGCCCGGCGCCUGGCGCACCUGGACCUCAGCUACAACAACUUCAGCCUGGUGCCCGCCGACAUGUUCCGYGAGGCCAGCGCGCUGCUGCGCCUCGACCUCAGCCACAACCCGGGGCUGCGCCGCGUUCACCCGCAGGCCUUCCGCGGSCUGGCCCAGCUGCGAGAGCUGGACCUCAGCUACGGCGGGCUGGCCGCCCUCAGCCUCGACGCCCUGGAGGGGCUGCCCGGCCUGGUGGGGCUGCGCCUGGGGGGCAACCCCUGGCUGUGYGGCUGCGCCAUGGAGCCCCUCCUCAAGUGGCUGCGGGGGCGCAUCCAGCGCUGCUCCUCGGAUUCGCAGCAGGCCGAGUGCUGGGCUCCCCCCGAGGUGGCGGGGGCCCCGCUGCUGUCGCUGACGGAAGAGAGCUUCCAGGCCUGCCACCUCACGCUGACCCUCGACGACUAUCUCUUCAUCGCCUUCGUGGGCUUCGUCGUCUCCAUCGCCUCGGUGGCCACCAACUUCCUGCUGGGCAUCACGGCCAACUGCUGCCACCGCUGGAGCAAGGCCAGCGAGGACGAGGACGUUUAGGGACUGCCACCGCCGCCGAUAGACCCCCGCCCCGGCCAUCCCCCAGCCCGGCCGCCCCCGCGGGGACACCAGACUGUGCCUUGUCCGCGUCCCCUCCCACCACCCCCUGUGCCAGGGUGGCCCUCAAGACGCUGGGGACACCAGGGGACAGCCCCGCUUCCUUUUGCCCCGAAGUGGGGAGUUUUUGCACCCCCCUGUCACCGUGAGCUUGGACCCCCUCCUGUUCUGUUCCCGCUGACCAGGACUGGUUGAGGCAGUGACUUGGGAACCCCCUGGGAACCCCCCACCUCCACCUGGGAGAGACCCCCAAAGCUGUGUGUGCCUUGGGGACCAUAGCCACUCUCCUGGGGGCACUGAGGAAAUCCCCCCUUUCAGCCCCAAAGCAGCGCCACUGGAGCCCGCUAAAUCCUGCCCUCACUCUCCAGCCUCCCCAAAAAUCCACAGGGGAGGGAAGUGGUGCUGACAGCCAGCUUGGCACCAUUGCUCCAGGGCCUUGCUGGUGACACYGGGGUGUGCUGGGACAGCACCGGGAUGACCCGGUGGGACAAGCUGUGACAUCUCUAAGGGAUGGGAUCUCCCAAGGAUGGCACUUYCCAGGGAUUGCAUCUCCCAGGGACAGCAUUUCCCUCCUCUCCCGGGCCAAAUAAGGMACCGGGCAUUGCCUCUCUUGAGGGAUAGUCGGGAGGUGGGAGGAGCUGUAAAAACAGGCAAAAAAAGAAGGAAAAGGAAAAAUCAGAAAGCCAAUGACCUUCUGUCCAGCCAGGGCGGCCACGUCCCCAGUGCCUGUGUCACCUGUCCCUGGUGUCUGGUGGGGAGCAGGGCUGGGGGUUGGGACCAGGGUCACCCAGGGGCUGCUUUGUCCCUUUCCCUGUCCCCCCAGAGGCUGAGUGCGCAGGAGCAGGGUAUUGUUUGACCCCAGGCCACCCCAAAAGGGCUCCAGCUGCACCCUAGCCCCAGCGCUUCCCCCAAGAAAGGAAACUUGGCCUCUGCCUUCUCUGUUUUCUCUGGGGUUUUAUUAUUUUCCUUUCAGUGAGUCCAGGAACCCCACCCUGCUCCACAACCCUGCACCGCCCACAACUCCUGCCCCCCCAGACUGGCCACACAGGCUCGGAGCAUCYGCCUGCAUCCCACUGGCUCCCUCCUCUGCCUCACCCUCAUCCUCUUCUUUUUAUUUUUUCAUUUAUGUUUUAUUUUCCUUCUCUUUUGUUU